CUCCACUUGUGUGAAUACUGGUAAUGCGGAAAUGGGUCACAUUCAAAACACUGUACCGCAGUCAUGUUAUGAGAUUUUGCGAGAUGUUAUUCACCUCUGUCAUUUUUUCAAAUGUUUAUACCCAAAGAAAGUUAUAAAUACCCAAAGGGAUUAAAAACGUGUGAGUAUAUUUUCAAUGGGUAAAAAGAAUAAUUUUUGUGCGUAAGUUAUAAGUUUCCGGACAUGAUGAAAUCAUUACUGCGCAGAAGAUCACCACGUGUUUAUGAAGACAAGCCGUGAAAGUUAGUCAACAUUUUCUUUCCCUGUCUCAUCCAGUGUCAUCCAGACAACAAUCAGAUAAUACAAACGAACAAUUUAACCUAAGUGAGAUGUCCCGAAAGAGUCUAUUUCAAGGCGCUCAAGAGACUGAGAGCCCAUCCAAUCAGGACAGGCAACAACUUGUCACAAGCCACACCACUGGUGAUACAAAGGUACCAGUUGAGAAUGAGAAAGUCACACAUAGUGGAACUCCAGCCAUUCAAGAGACUGAGAGCCCAUCCAAUCAGGACAGGCAACAACUUGUCACAAGCCACACCACUGGUGAUACAAAGGUACCAGUUGAGAAUGAGAAAGUCACACAUAGUGGAACUCCAGCCAUUCAAGAGAGUGACAACCCAUCCAAACAGCCAGGGCACGAACUCGUCACAAACCACACCACUGGUGAUAAAAAGGAACCAUCUGAGAAUGAGAUAUCAUUACAGAGUAAAAAUCAAGCCACUCAAGGUCUGUCGCAUUCUGUUCGCCGUGUUCGUCUGCCACCAACAAUGCAAAGAAAAUGGUUGCAACACCUGCUCCAGAAACUCAAACAUAAUUGCCGUCAUCCCUGCCAUGGUAGCAUAGAGGAAGAACAUGGAAAACUGUUCAUAGACAUUUCCUACAUCGAAAAGGAUGAGGCAAAUGUCCGCAGCUUUUGUAAGGAAUUUAAUGCACUCUGUUCAACAUAUGAUGGAAAUGCCGAAACGAAUAUUAGAAAUUGUUUUGGCCAUGUUGUAACUGCUGUUGCCACAGAUUCCUGCAAGAAAAGAAGACAUUAUGGCCCGAAUGGAGAGAUUCUACGACAUCCUGGCCUUGGGGGCUUGUUGUAUGAUGGCUCCACAUUACACAUUUUCAGUUAUCUCUUUAAAAUGGGAUUAUGCUUUCAUAUCAAUGUUUUAGAAAUGUUAGCCAUUUAUGUUGCUGUGAAACUUUUGGGUCCACUAUGGUAUGGUAAGAUGGUUUUGGCUUACUGUGACAAUAUGUGCACUGUUAACAUAAUUAAUGAAAAGGAAGGGCAAAAGAUAAAUAUAGCUGAAAAAAUGAUAUUAGAAUUAAUCAAGAAGGAAGAAAAAUUACACCACUUCACCCUGGCAUGUAAACACAUUAAGGGAACAGACAAUUAUAAAGCAGACAAGUUAUCGCGAUAUCCUAGUGAUAGGUUUAUAAGAAAAUAUGGUGGUUCUGAUUCAUGUGUAGAGUAUGAUGCAGGUCCUGUUUUAGAUAAAUUUGUUGAGAUUUGCAAACAAUUCUGCAAGAUAUUGAUUGACCUUCAAAUUCUCUUUUCACAAAAUUGUGAAAUAAAACCUAUCUCAUCUCCAUCAACACUAUUUAACUUUUCCAUUGACAUUCUCGCAACUAAACUCAGCACAGCUCUCAUGUUGCCCCAACUCAAAGACAAUUUUGCCAAGUUAUUUGAGAGUGUAGCAAAGGAACUUGUUGAAGGCAGAGCCAGAGAUAUUGUACAAGAAAUUACUCAUCUUCGACAUGAGCUUGAGAUAAAUUAUGAUAAUGAACAGUACAGUAGAAGAUACUCUCUACGUAUUAGAGGCCUACCUGAGUCCAAGGACGAAAACACGGAGGCAUUAGUGAUGGAGGUCCUGAGAGACUUACAUCUUGACCUAACAGCAUCGGACAUCGACAGAUGCUACCGAGUCGGUAAGAUAAACAUGGAUAGGAACAGACAGGUAAUCGUAAAAUUCGUCAACUUUUUAACCAGGAACAAAGUAAUUUCUAACAGAAGAAUGCUGAGACAAAAUAGAAGUUCAGUCUAUAUAAACGAGGACUUAACCAAGUAUCAAAGUAAACUGUUCAAACUGACCCGUGACUUAAAAGCAAAACACCUAAUCUCUUCCACGUGGACUUAUGAUGGCCGAGUGUAUGUUGAGGAACAACCCGGGGGUGUUAUGAGGGUGAUUCAGUGCGAGUGUGACCUGGACAGCUAUCGUUGAUGUUAUAGAGAACUUACAUUAUAUAUAUAUAGCUUCAGUUACAAGUGAUCCAUACUGCGAUACAACAGUGAUACAAAAGGAUCCGCCAAAGAAUACUUAUGCUUAUGACUUGAAUAUCGUAUAAAAUCCCAGGGACAUUACAGCAUCCCUGUUUAUGAGAUUUAACCCGAAUGGAAAGUAAAACCUCACAAUAGGUCUUAAUGCCUAUAGAAAGAAGUCUCUUACUUAAUAGCGAUCCCAAUGAAUAGCUUUAAAAUGUUAGUUAAGUCAUGUACUAUAAUUGUACAUGAGCUUACCUGUGGCUCUAGUUUCUGCCAGCUUUCCUAUGAUAAUGUAUUCCUACUGAAACCUUCCUGUAUCCCUUUCCUACUGCUGUCUGGUGUGCACAUUUUUAUGAUGACUAACUAUCCUUGCCAUAAUUCCUUGUCAAGAUCUGCAUUGCCGGUUUUGUUAAAUAUGCAUGAUAUUUUGUUCUCGCAGUUAUCUUACUAUUGUCAGUGUUCCCGAUCACACUACCAAACACAUAUGUGAAGUAUGUAUAUAUUUAUCUUACCCAAUGGGUAAUGAUGUAAUUCAACACCGUGUGGUGAUCGGGGUUUUCAAUUGUAUUUUGUGUCAAAAGAGUCUGCGUUGCAUACAUAAAUUCAACCUAAGUAGUACUCCAUUCACUGUAUCUUUUCUCAACAAAUUUUACAAAUUGUGCGAUAUACUGCAUGUCGAAUGUAGAGCGUUCAGCGUGUUUGUAUUUCGUUGUUUCAUGCAAGCUCAGAUCAGAAGCGCUAAUGUAACAACUGUAUUGUUAUUGUUGCUCCAUGUCUGAUACUGUAAACCCUCCAGUAGAGGUAGCGCUGCAUACGUUGAGGGAACACGGUUCCAGAGUUUUUUCACAAAUGUUAUUUUCUCUGGUUUUACGUGUCGGGCUUCAGCUACCUUCAGACCAUUUCGUCUGUACAUCUGUACACAGUGAUGCCAACCAUUACAAUUUUGGCGUAAUAGUUACAAUUUGGUGUAAUAGUUACAAUUUUGGUUUAAUAGUUACAAUUUUGGCGUAAUAGUUACAAUUUGGUGUAAUAGUUACAAUUUUGGUGUAAUAGUUACAAUUUUGGCGUAAUAGUUACAAUUUUGGCGUAAUAGUAUCAAUUUUGGUGUAAUAGUUACAAUUAAGGCCUAAUAGUAUCAAUUUUGAGCCAAUAAUUACUCUAUUAGGCUUGUCCUCCUUCAAAUCAAAUUUUUUGUCAUGAAUUAUUUAGAUUCAUAAAUAUCCUGGAGAGCAAAUUGUUAAAUUAAAUUAAAUUAAAACACCAGUGAUUACUGAUUACUGCUCUGAUUACUCCAAAGCUUCAAUUUGAGUUGGCAUCUCUGUAGAUAUAUUUAUGUUGGUUGACAUGUUUCAUGUUAGAAGUGUCAAUUAAAAGUCUUUUAGUGGUGUUGGUAUUGUUUCAUGUAAGAAGUGUUACUAAAAAGUCUUUUAGAGGUAAUUUUUGUAUAUACUUGCAUAGAUAUGGUAUAUAAUGAAUUGUGUACUGUUGAUUGUUAGUUUAUUUGAUGACAAUCCAUGUCUGAUACUGUAAACCCUCCAGUAGAGGUAGCGCUGCAUACGUUGAGGGAACACGGUUCCAGAGUUUUUUCACCAAUGUUUUUUUCUCUGGUUUUACGUGUCGGGCUUCAGCUACCUUCAGACCAUUUCAUCUGUACAUCUGUACACAGUGAUGCCAACCGUUAUGGUUUGACGUAAUAGCCUAAAAUUACACAAAUCCCACAAAUUACGAUUUUUGUCAUUUGUUUAACGAAUUAUUUAGAUUCAUGAAAUAUCCUGGAGAGCAAAUUGCUAAAGCAUCGCUGAUUACUGCCCUGAUUACUCCGAAAGAUUCAGUUUUGGUUGGCAUCUCUGUAGAUAUGUUUAUGUUGAUGAAGAUGCUGUCUGUUUUUCAUUCUCUGUCGGUGUUUGUAGCUGCAUUGGUAUUGUUUCAUGUCGGAAGCAUUAAUAAAAAAAGCUGCGUGCCACACAGUUGUA